GAAUCUUGAUGCAAAUGACCUUGCUGACAAUCCAUUAGGGGAGCGAUGCUUCUUACGACAAGUUAGUUCAUGAACAGCGACAGCCCAACGAACUCACUCUCGAAUCUGUCUUCACUCUAUCCUCAAACCCCAACUUGCCACUCACCAGGACCUUACACUACUAAUUACAAUUAAUUAUCAUUGCGCAACAUGGGCUCCGUUGAUACCAAGAACCUCAAGCGGGAGCCUCUCAAGAGGGGCAGCUCCAUCGACCAUCUCGAAUAUGUCGACGUCUCCCCCAUCAUUGGCCGCGAAUAUCCCACCGCAAAGCUGAAGGACAUACUGACGGCUCCCAACGCCGAGGAGCAGCUGCGCGACCUGGCCAUCACCAUCUGCGAGCGUGGUGUCGUCUUCUUCCGUGCCGCUCAGGAUGAUCUCUCCGUCGAGGAGCAGAAGCAUAUCACCGACAUGCUGGGCAAGCUGACGGGACGUCCUGCGGAGAACGGACUGCACGUGCACCCGCUCUACAAUGACCCCAACAACUUGCCCAUGGCGGACGGGACCACGGAUGAGAACAUCUAUGUCAUCAACUCCGAGGCUGCCAAGAAGCUAUACGCAACAAUGAAGAAGCGCCCCGGCAGUGGCACGAACGAGGAGCCUAGAGAUUUGGGCCGUGAAUGGCACAGCGACAGCCUUUUCGAGAACUGCCCCUCCGACUUCUCCUUCCUGCGCAUGCAGUCCACCCCCCCGGCCGGCGGCGACACCCUCUGGGCGUCUGGCUACGAGCUGUACGACCGGCUCUCACCGCCGUUCCAGAAGUUCUUCGAGACCCUCACGGCGACGUGCGAGCAGCCCGUGUUCAAGUCGGCGUGCGAGGCCGGCGGCUACGAGAUCAUGUCGCCGCGCGGCUCGCCGCUCAACAUCGACUUCCAAUUCGCGCCCUCGCACCCCGUCAUCCGCACCCACCCCGUCACCGGCUGGAAGAGCCUGUUCGCCGGCGUCGGCCUGCACGUCAGCCGCAUCGAUGGCGUCACCUCGUACGAGGACUCCCUCAUCCGCGACUACGUCAUGCGCCUCGUCACCCGCAACCACGACUGCAUCGCCCGCAUGCACUGGACCAGGGGCGCUUGCGCCAUCUGGAGCAACGAGUGCACGCUGCACGCUGCUACUCCCGACACGCAUCUCGUCGAGGGCAUCCGGACGGGCGUGCGUGCCUCGGGUAUUGGCGGCGUACCAUACUUGGACCCGGCAAGCACGGGGAGAAGGGAGGCACUGGGACUGCCGCGGGUCUAA